AUGUCCCACCCCAACUCCAAAGCCACGCCCACUCCCAAACCCCUCCUCACCGCGACAUACUCCUCCCCCGCCAACGCGCCCUUUGCCCUCUCCAAGAGCAUCGUCGCCCCCGUCCCCGCUGGCCCCGACGCAACAGCAGCUGCAACAACAGCAACGACAACAACCGGCUCGUCUGCCGCCUCCGCCGCCGCCGUGGACGACAAGUCGCGCUACCUCGAGGCUCUGCGCCGGGCUGUCGCCGAGACGCAGGACCAGGUCAACAGGGAGCUGACGGCGCGCAUGGACGAGGACAACAGGAACAACAGCAACAACAAGGCUCGUGAGCUCGCUCUCGACGAGGCCAAGGAGGAGGAAAACUACGGCGAGGACGUCCAGGACGACGAGGAUUGA